GACUUGACUGGUAAGAGAUCCAGACGCACCGGCGGGGACAGAAAAGUCGCGCUCAGGCUCCUGUGAGAUGCCUUUUGCCAAGCGGAUUGUGGAGCCCCAGUGGCUGUGCCGGCAGAGGCGGCCGGCCCCCGGCCUGGCUGAGGACGAGAGUUUGGGCUGCGAGGAGACGCCUCCUUCUCUACCGCCUCCUCCGCAGCAACCGCCGCCGCCUCGGCCACAGCUGCAGCGGGCGCCUCCUCAACGGGGAGAGGAGGCUGAGGCGUCCCGGCAGGAGGAGAGGGACGAGGCGGUUGGGCUGCUGCUGGUGGAGACGGCGGUCGGGGAGACCAAACAGCCUCAGCAGUCACAGCCACAGCAGCUGCAGCAACGUAGAGAGGCACCCGGGGUUGCUGCCCAGGCAGAGGCUGCAGUGGCGGCGGCCGGGGCUCCGGGGAGCGAGCCAUCCUCUGCGGCCGCGGCUAUGCUGAUGAUGCUGGAUUUGUGCUCGGUCAGUAAUGUGGCUCUGUCUCGGAUCCUCCGGCAGCUCUCUGAUGUGGCCCGACACGCGUGCACCCUCUUCCAGGAGAUUGAGGGUGACAUACAACUGACCCAUCGCCGGGUCCGGGCUCUCCAAGGCAAGAUCAGUGGCGUCCAGCGCGUCUUGGGCACCAUGGAUCCCAAGCAGGAGGCAGUGCCCCUUGGCAAAAUUGACAUAGAUACAAAAUUGUUUAUAUAUCAUAGUGCUCCCUGGCGCAGACAAAAGAACUCUUUCUUACAAGCUACAAGACCUGACUCAGUUAAAGAGCUACAUAAAUAUCUAAGACAGGCAUUUCAGGCCAUGAGGAAGCAACGGAACCAUGGGGAUCACCGAGAACAAAGAGUAACUGUUCCACUUUCUGUGGUGGCGCCUCCUCUUCUUUCUUUACCUUCAUCCUACAGUCGGAAGAGACUUGAACUUAAGGACAGGCACUUUUUAGCGUUUGACAGCACCCGCUCGUCCUCCCCCACUGAGUGUUGCCACAUGACCCCUUGGAGUAGAAAGUCCCAUCCCCCAGAGGACGAGGAUACAGAUGUCAUGUUAGGACAGAGGCCGAAAAAUCCAAUACAUAAUAUCCCUUCAACACUGGAUAAGCAAACCAACUGGAGCAAAGCACUACCUCUCCCAACACCAGAGGAGAAAAUGAAACAAGAUGCUCAAGUGAUUUCUUCCUGUAUUAUCCCCAUCAAUGUCACUGGAGUUGGUUUUGACAGAGAGGCUAGUAUACGCUGCUCUCUUGUUCAUUCACAAUCUGUACUACAGCGGAGACGAAAAUUGAGGAGGCGGAAAACCAUCUCUGGCAUCCCCAGAAGAGUGCAACAAGAAAUAGAUUCUGAUGAAUCACCAGUGGCCAGGGAGCGGAAUGUGAUUGUGCAUGCAAAUCCAGACUUCUCCAGUAAUAUCAAUAGGAGGUCGGGGACCAGGGAUUCUGAAUGCCAAACUGAGGAGAUUCUUAUUGCUGCUCCAUCCAGAAGGAGAAUCAGAGCUCAGAGAGGACAGAGCAUUGUAGCUUCACUUUCUCAUUCUGCUGGCAACAUUUCGGUGUUGGCAAACAACGGCAACACCAUGUUUACUACUGCGGCGAGCAGCCGCAUUCGAUCACGGAGUCUUCCCCGUGAGGGUGCUAGAGGCAGUGAUGCUGAGCAUAACAUUGGUGCUAAAACCUCAGCCUAUGAAGAGGAGACGUAUAUGGACAACCAGGAAAGGAUACCAAAUAAGAAUACAGAUGCCAUGAGCAGCCAAGGUUCACAGGAACACCAGCCCCCCUUGGGAUUAACCUGUUCUCAACACCUCCACAGCCCCCAGCACAAGUUAAAUGAAAGAGGGAGGUCAAGGUUGUCAAGGAUGGCUGAUUCUGGGAGCUGUGAAAUUUCAUCCAAUUCAGAUACCUUUGGGAGCCCAAUUCACUCCAUCUCCACAGCUGGAGUUCUCCUUAGCAGCCACAUGGAUCAGAAGGAUGAUCACCAGUCAUCCAGUGGCAACUGGAGUGGGAGCAGCUCCACAUGCCCUUCACAGACAUCAGAAACCAUACCCCCUGCCGCUUCUCCUCCACUGACUGGCUCUUCACACUGUGACUCUGAGUUGUCAUUGAAUAUAGCCCCUAAUGCCAAUGAAGACUCUAGUGUCUUUGUGACAGAAAACUAUAAUGACCAUAUGGAUAAAGUGAGGGGCCAUCGGGCAAGCUCCUUCACUUCCACGGUUGCAGACCUGCUAGAUGACCCCAACAACAGUAACACCAGUGACAGUGAGUGGAACUAUCUGCACCAUCAUCAUGAUGCCUCAUGCCGCCAGGAUUUUAGCCCAGAGCAUCCCAAGGCUGACAGCUUGGGCUGUCCAAGCUUCACAAGUAUGGCCACUUAUGAUAGCUUUCUAGAAAAAUCACCAUCUGACAAAGCAGAUACUAGCUCUCAUUUUUCAGUGGAUACUGAGGGAUAUUAUACCUCCAUGCACUUUGACUGUGGUCUCAGAGGUAAUAAGAGUUACAUGUGCCACUAUGCAGCCACAGGCCCUGAGAGUGGUCAGGGCACUGGUGUUCCUCCCACUUUCUCAGAUUGUACUUGGCAGGACUACCUGGACCAGAGGAGGCAUGGAAGGCCAAGCAUCUCUUUCAAGAAACCAAAGGCAAAGCCAGCCCCACCAAAACGCAGUUCAUCUUUGAGGAAGUCUGAUGGAAGUGCUGACAUUCCUGAAAAAAAAGAACCAAAGAUAAGCAGUGGGCAGCACCUGCCUCACAGUUCCAGGGAAAUGAAAUUGCCCCUAGAGUUCUCUAACACACCAUCUCGAAUGGAAAGUAUUGGUUUAACCAGCAAACAGGAACAUUCCUGGAUGAACCAGAGUGACCAUGGAAUAAAGGAGCCUCAUUUGGACACUGGUGACAUCCCAUCAUUCAAAAAUGAAGGUGGUGAAUCAACUCAUUAUGCAGAUCUCUGGCUUCUAAAUGACUUGAAAACAAAUGAUCCUUAUAGGUCAUUAUCCAAUUCAAGCACUGCUACAGGUACCACAGUCAUAGAAUGCAUCAAAUCACCAGAGAGCUCAGAAUCACAAACAUCCCAAUCUGAAUCUAGGGCCACUACUCCAUCCCUCCCUUCUGUCGACAACGAGUUUAAAUUAGCUUCUCCAGAGAAGUUGGCAGGCUUAGCAUCUCCUUCGAGUGGCUACUCAAGCCAGUCUGAAACACCAACAUCUUCUUUCCCUACAGCUUUCUUUUCUGGACCAUUGUCUCCCGGAGGUAGUAAGAGAAAGCCAAAAGUCCCAGAAAGGAAAUCCUCCCUUCAGCACCCCUCUCCAAAAGAUGGAAAUAUGUCUUUAAGCAAAGAUCUUGAACUUCCAAUUAUACCUCCUACCCAUCUUGACCUAAGUGCUCUUCAUAAUGUCUUGAACAAACCCUAUCACAAUAGACAUCCAAUGCAUGCAUUUUCUCAUUGUAAGCAGAAUUUGGUAGGAGAAACACUCAACACUGUUCCCCCACCAUCCCUUGCAAUUACACCUACAGUCCUGAAAUCUGUUAACCUUAGGUCAGUUAAUAAGUCUGAUGAAAUUAAACAAAAGGACAAUGAUAACACAGAACUACCUUAUUUACAGGAAUCUACUAUCACAGUGGCCACCUUGUCUCCAAGCAAAACAAGGCCACACAUAGCUAAGAAAUCAAUACCACGCCAAUAUUCCACAGAAGAUAUCAUUUUGUCCUUUAUUGAUUCAUCUCCGGUAGAGAAGGGCCCUGAUAAAAUACAUUUAGAAAAAAAUUCAAUUUGCAAUGUGAAGAAUCAUUCUGAUCAAGAAACUGUGCCCUUAGCCAGUAACAAUCUUCUAGAGACUAAAGCCACAAGGGACCAAAUGACAAUAGUUAGGGAACCUUUUCUAGAACCUGCACUUGGGAAAAACUGUGAUGUAUCUGCAGAUGGGCUUCAGAGGAGUUCUAACAGUAAAAUAACAACAGCUCAAGGGACUGGGCAAGAUGGCGAUACUGAGCAAGUACAGAAGACAUUCUCUGUAGACUGGGAGAAUCUUGCACAAGCUGAAACUGGAGAUAAAACCUCAUCCUUGUCUCUGACUGAUUCACUAACCAGAGCAGCAACAGACAUGGAUAGUCAACUUAAACAUCACCUUGUUAUGAGCCACCACCAUGACAAAGUGCCUGGGCAUAGUUGCUAUGAAUCAGAGUUAACAACUAUAAAUUCACUCAGUGAAAGGCAUUCUGAGCAAGAAAGUGAUAUCGCAUCAGGUAUUUCUACCAAAAGUGCCUCUGAUGACAGAAGGACCGAGGAGACCCGAGCAAGUACAGAUGAGGUGUCACUGAAAGAAUCUUCACCAAGUGAUGACUCCAUCAUUUCACCAUUUAGUGAGGACUCUCAGGCUGAUGAUGAUGUUUUUGUGUCUCCAAACAAACCUCGAACAACUGAGGACCUCUUUGCAGUCAUUCACAGAUCAAAGAGGAAAGUACUUGGAAGGAAAGAUUCUGGGGACAUAUCUGUACGAAAUAAAUCAAGAGCUUUCCCUGGCAGUAGCAACAGCAGCGUUGUGCCCCCCAGCAAUAUCCUAGUGCCCAACAGCAAUGUGGCAACUCCACCAAACAGCCAGAGAUCUCCAGGUCUUAUAUAUCGAAAUGCAAAGAAGUCCAACACGUCUAACGAAGAGUUUAAGCUCUUGCUUCUUAAAAAAGGCAGUCGGUCUGAUUCCAGUUACCGAAUGUCUGCCACUGAAAUCCUGAAGAGCCCCAUCUUGCCCAAAUCCCCCGGUGAGCUCCCCAUUGAUUCCCCCCCAAGCAUGGAUGAGCCUCCCCAGGCGUCAUCGGGGGCAGAAGCAUUGUCCCCACUCUCUCCGUGCUCCCCAAGAGUUAACGCAGAAGGGUUUUCCUCCAAGAAUUUUCCCAUGUCGGCUUCAUCUAGGGUUGGACGUUCCCGGGCACCCCCUGCAGCCAGCAGCAGCCGUUACAGUGUCCGUUGCAGGUUAUACAAUACACCCAUGCAAGCCAUCUCCGAAGGAGAGACUGAGAAUUCAGAUGGCAGCCCUCAUGACGACAGGUCCUCCCAGAGUUCAACAUAGGCUACAUAACCCACACAUCCUCACUGUUAACUAGGAAAUACUCCUGAACAGUGAAAGCAUUUGGCUUGCACAAAGAUAGGAAAAAUCUUACAGAGAACUCAGUUGAUAUGUGGGGAAGUAACAGUGCUUAAGCUCUGUAAUUCUUUGCUUAAUUUUACAUUUUCUAGUAGAACAUCCACUGUCUUCCACGCCUCCAUCUUUAGCUUCAUUUGGUUUAUCCAAAUUUCCUUCUUUCAAUGUCAUUUUUAAAAAAUCAAAUUUCCACAAAAAGUAAGGGGGGAAAACUUUCUUGGCUGCCCAUUUAGGAAAGAAACUUCCUCGCUGUUGUGCUUCCCUAAAGAGAGGUGAAAUGACUCUUAAGGAUUGGUAUUUUUCUACUUUAAAAUGAACUGAAACAAAGUUUAAAAGAAAUGAACUAAACACAUGUAAAUACAAUAUUUUUGAUAAAAAAUGUAAAUAGAACUAUUAGAGAAGAGUGGACAUGUGGCAAAUUAUUUACUGCAUACUGUUUAUUGAAGACAAAAGAAAUAAAAUGGCAUAACUGUAU